AUGAAUCACAUUGUCGAUCGAGUCAACGAAUCGAUGGGCUUUUCUUUUCUUGGAGAUGACACACCGGACAUUGCAGGAAUAGAACAAAGUUCAAUUUGCACUCGAUACUUGGAUAAGAGCGACGGGAAGUUUAUCAUUCGUGAAGAUUUUUUGUGCUUCAUCACUAUCGCAGAUUUCACUGGAAAAGGAAUAGGAACUUCUUAUCUCAAUUUCUUGGAUUCUUCCGGACUUAAUUGCACAUAUUUUCUCGGACAGGGAUAUGAUGGCGCGAGAGCGGUUAGCGGAGAAUUCCAUGGAGCCCAAGCUGUUGUCAGAGAGCGUUAUCCACUCGCGCUCUACUCCCAUUGUGCGGCUCACAGCUUUAAUUUGGCAGUCAGCUCUGCAUGCAAUAUAACAGCAAUCAGAAAUUGUUUGGGAACCCUCGAAAGCAUUCAUACUUUCUUCAUAUAUCCGAAACGCCAAAAUGCUCUUCAAGAUGCGAUCAAUGAAGAUGAGACGCUACAUGAAAGUCGGUUGAAGAAAUUAAAAAAAAAUUGCAAAACCAGAUGGGUAGAGCAACACGAGUCUGUCGCAACUUAUCUGCACUUACAACCAGCAGUAAUUCGCCCUCUUGAUGUGAUUUCGACCACCUGGAAGGAUCCGACGACUUCAUCUGGAGCUUUCCAACUUCUUUCAGCAAUAAACACUGCAAAUUUCCAGGUAAAAUUCAAGACUCACACUAGCACGUUACCAGCUCUCUAUUAUAAGAUGUUUGUAUAUUCUUCAUUCUUUGAAUUUAAUUUCCAGAUCUCCAUGCAUAUUUUGAGCUCAGUACAUUCUUUGACUUUGUCUCUCAGUCGAGUACUUCAGUCCGAAAACCAGGAUCUUGGCGAGGCUAUCGAACUGGCUGAUGCUGCGAAACAAGUCCUGCUUGAAAGAAGAGAAAACGCCGAAAAGGACUUCAGAGGAAUUUUCAAAACCGUGAGCGAAAUCAGCGCAAAAUACGACAUCGAACUGCGGAAACCAAGGCUCGCGUCAAAACAGACUCAACGCUCCAACGUACAAACUGAUUCAGUUCAAGAUUAUUUUCGCAUAACGAUUUACAUCCCAUACAUUGAUUUGUUUCUGACCCAUAUACAAGAUCGAUUUUUGAAUCACCGCAAAAUUUUAUCAAACUUUGCUUGCCUCUUCCCCAACAAAAUAAAGAAUUUCAAUGAAGAAUCCUGCGCUCAACUGUUUGAACCAUACUCUUCAAUUUUGCGGGAUGAUUCCCGUGACAUCUGGGUAGACGAAGUCAAACUUUGGCGUCAACGCAUCGCCGGAAAGAACGUUAAAAAUUCGCUUGAAGCACUCGAUGUGUGCAAUGGAGAUGCGUUUCCAAAUGUACAUCAAAUGCUUCGCAUUUUGGCAGUUCUGCCUGUAACGACAGCAACGAAUGAACGCUCCUUUUCAACAUUGCGUCGCCUCAAGACUUACCUCAGGUCAACAAUGUCUGAAGAUCGGCUGAACGGAUUAGCUUCGCUCAAUAUACAUCGCGAUGUCGAGGUCGAUCCGCAAAGAGUUUUGGAGAAGUUUUUUUCUACACCUCCCAGAGUUAAUUUAUUAUAUAAUAACUGA